AUGCUUGUGACCCGCGCUCUUCGAUCCAUUUCGUCACGGACUUCGAGUACCACAAGACUCGCCCUCACGUACAGCCGACGCUACAGUUCGGCUUCGAGCUCGCCGCCACAGAUCCGUAUCAAUGCCGCUCGCCUGCAGUCCACCGUCGAGGAGCUGGCCAAUCUCUCGGUCGCGAAGCCCCUCAAUCACUCGUACAUGCCUAAUCCCCCCUCCAGAUCGCCGGGCAGCACUGAUCCUCGCAGCUAUCCACUGCCAACGGGCACCUCUCUUCUCCCGCCCACAACCUCCCUCCGCCACUACCUUACCACAACGCUGGGUGUCACCCCGCUAAUCGAUGACCUCGGCUCUCUCUUCCUCCCUCUAGCCUCAUCCCCGCGGCCGUCGGCGCCCUCCAUCGCGCUCGGCGGGCCCCUCGACUCCUCUCCGCUCCCGCUCCUCGCCGCGCUCGAAGUAGUCCGCACGCUGCAGGACUACGCCGUUGAGACCACGCACCCAAUAACCCUGAUCGGCUGGUCAUGUUCCAGCGGGAGCCGAUUUCCACGGGCGCUCCUGGGCAGCGGCGUAUGGGCGGGCCACGUGGGCGUCGACGAGGCGUGGGGCAUCCGCGAGGUAGGCAGCGACCACGCGGGGCGGCGCACGGUGAAGGCGUGUCUGCGCGAGUCCGGGUGGCUGGGCUCGCUCGACGCCAGCGUGCAGCUCGGCGCGUACUUCGAGGCGCUCCCCACGAAGUGGAUCGACGAGAUUGAGAUCGGGACUGGCGCGAAGGCGUGGAGGUGGAUUGAGGUGUCUGUCAAGGGAGGCGAUGCGCUCGCUGCUGCCGGCAGGUGUGUCCUCGCUGGGAGAGAGGUGGGCAAUAUGCUUAAUGGCAGGGUGAGCACCGGCGUGUUCGAGGCGGCGAAUGCGGGCUUUGCGGGCACGCCGAGGGAGGCGAAGUUUUCGCUGUAUAUUAUGGGGAAGAAUGUGGAUGAGAUUCAGGAGGAGGCGUUGAGGAUGUUCGCGAAAAUUGCGUUUGAGGAGGGCGGCGUUGUUGAGAAGGUUGAGGUCGUCAUGGAUGAGCCCGAACUCAGGUUUGAUGAGCACUGUAUCGCGGCCAUCAGGGAGAGUUUGGAAGAUGUGAGUGGCGGUGGCUUGCUGGGUGAUCACGAGACGGGGCUGUUGGGUCCCGGAGUCAGCGUGGGUGAGCUCGGCGAGGGUACUGUCGUCGAGAAUUUUGUGGAAAGCCCAAUGGACGCUGUCAAUACUGCGCGCAGAGGCGUGCCGACCGGUGUUGUCAUGGUCCCGGAGGAUAAUGGUCCCGAGGAGUGGGCUCUCGGAGCUCAGGUGUUGCUGGGUGCCGUGCUGGAGUGGGACCGGGUGCAAGGGGCUGCCGGCAACUUCACUGAGCGCGGGUUUUUGAGCAUGUAG